AUGAUUCCUCUAUAUAGGAUCGUCGAACUCCUCUACAUCUACACCUACGGGUCCAGGUCUGGCCGUCCGCAGUCGCGCACCACGGAGCUCGCACCUGUGCACCUAAGCACCCUCGGCCGGUACCGGUACUACGCCACGCGACAGGAGACGGCCGAGUACUUUCUGGGUGCCUUUGUGUUUCCGUUCAUCUUCUUCAUGUGGGGUCGCUGGCACGCAUACCACCGGCUGCCGGGGACGUUGACGGGCUGGCUGAUCGCCUUUGCGCUGGUGUUUGUGAUGUCCUCAUGGAACCAGCUACAACACCGCGCUGGCUGUUAG